AAAAUCAUAGAUGAAUUCCAUGAGUACUUAUAAAUAAAUUACACAAAUACUUAUACAGAAAUUACACAUGGACACAAUUCUUGUAUUGACAGAUAAAAUUGAACCCUAAUAAAUAAUAGACGAUUUUAAUGUUGGGCUAGACAUCAGUACAAGUUACUAGAAUUCUCACUCAAAAUUAACUUGACUCGCUCAUAUAGAGAGUGCCGUAGUAGUCUGCUCACAGGUAACACCUCCAACUCUACCAUGGCGCGAGGCUCCUCCCAGUCCCAGGCUUCCUCCGCCUCCACCUCACGCCCCGGCCUCGUCGCCCCCCGUGGCUCCGCCGCCGCCUCCGCCGGGAUGCGUCGACGGAGGCUGGGUAGCGCCUCUUCCUCCGUCAGCUCGUCCGGCCUUGCUGGCGGCGGGCCCGGCAGCAAUAUGCUUCGCUUCUACACGGACGACUCGCCGGGCCUGAAGAUCAGCCCCACCGUCGUCCUCAUCAUGAGCCUCUGCUUCAUCGGCUUCGUCGCCGUCCUCCACGUCAUCGGCAAGUUCUACCGCGUCAAAUCCGGGUCCUAAUUUCCCUGGUCGGGUCGCGGGCCUUGGAUCCUCCAGAACUCUCAACUCUGUAGUUGCCACGUGUAGUUUCCGUAGCUCUAUGUCCCUUUUUUUUUUGUCUUAAAUAAAUUUCAGUUGUUGGAGUUCUCGAAC